AUCUGGAGGCCGGUCGCAAUAUCCUGACUGAGGAGAACCACGGCCUGAAGAGAACUCUGGAAGAAUAUGCUCACUAUUUACAGCAAGGAUGGGUUUAUUUCAGCGGUAGUUUCUAUCGUAUUUCUUCCACCAUGAAGCCCUGGCAAGACAGCAGAAGGGACUGUCAGCAAAAAGGUGCAGACCUGAUGAUUAUCAACAGCCAAGAAGAGCAGGAUUUCUCAAGACAAUCCACAAAUAUAACUUGGAUUGGACUGACGGACAGAGACACAGAGGGAGAAUGGACAUGGGUAGAUGGGACACAACUUACAACAAGCUUCUGGCAUUCCGGGGAACCCAACAAUUAUGACAAGAGCAAUGAAGACUGUGUGAAUAUAAACCUCCAUGAUCACCAAAACAGCUGGAAUGAUGCACCAUGUGAAAAUGAACAUUUCUGGAUCUGCGAAAAAAAAAUGUAGCUCUACAUACACACUGGUGUCACACCGUAAUGACAGCAACUGUAUAUUGAAGAAUAUUAAGAUAUCAUGUAUUUCCCACCUAUUAAACUGAACCGUGUUAAGGCAAAGUGACACAUUAGACUGAAAUAUCCCACGGUGUGUUCUGAUUUAGGCGAUAAAAACACUUUUCAGUGG